AACGAUUCCGAACGUAGUAUCGGCGAUCAACAGGAGGACCAAGCAAUGGCUGAUGCAGGGUUUUUCAGAGGCACAAGUGCUGAUCAAGAUAAUCGUUUUGCAAACAAACAGAAAAAGUUAAUGAAGCAGAUGAAGUUUUCCGAUAUUUUAGAGAAGAGAGUGCUAAUGAGCAAGGUGAACUUGGACACAAUCAAGCCAUGGAUAACAAGAAAAAUUACAGAAAUUCUUGAUGUUGAAGACGAGGUUCUCAUUGGCUUCAUAUUUAAUCAGUUAGAAGAGGAGGUUCCAAACCCAAAAACUAUGCAGAUUAAUUUGACUGGGUUUUUAAAUGCAAAGAAUGCGAACAAGUUCAUGGAAGCCCUUUGGGAAUUGUUGCUGAGUGCACAGGAGAACAUCGCUGGUAUACCAGCUGCCUUCCUGGAACAAAAGAAAGAAGAGAUAAAAAAAAGACAGAUGGAACAAGAACAGAUUCAGGCAGGAUUAAAAAGACAGCAAGACAAGGAGAAAGAAAGGCAUAAAAAGUUAAAAGAAAAUGAUGAUGAGAAAAAAGAUGAUGAUGAUAAAGCAAAUGCAAAUGGUGAUGACGCAGAAUCUAAAUCACCACAAAACAGAAUAACCCCAAGACCAGCAAAGUGGGACUGGGAUCCACCAAAAAAAUAUGAUGAAGAGGGCGAUGGAAAAGAGAAGUCGAGAUCGCGCUCACCACCUUCUCCCAAGAAUGAGGCAAAGGGAAGUCCAUCUCCACCACCUGUUGGCCAGAUAAAAAGAAAAGCCAGAUCAGAUGCUGACAGUGAUGAUGACAACUCUAAACGGACAAGAAACAGAAGGCGCAAAAGCCCCAGCUCAAGUUCGUCAAGUUCCUCUCGUAGUUCCUCUAAAGGUCGUGAUAGGCGUAAACGUAGGACAAGAUCUAGAUCGCCUAGAAGAAGAUCAUCCAGGAGAUCUCGCAGCCCAAGACGACCUUCUCCUCGUCGUCGAAAGUCAUCUCCACGAUAUCGGACAAGAACACCACCAAGAAGACGAUCUCCCAGAAGGUCACCACGGAGACGUACACCACCAAGAAGAAGGUCGCCAAGAAGACGAUCUCCAUCUCCAAGGAGGCCAUCACCAAGGAGGCGCUCUCCCCAUAGGAGACCUUCACCAUUACGGAAGAGGAGCCCAUCUCCACGUAGACGAGCACCUUCUCCACGAAGGCGAUCAUCUCCACGUCGCAGGCCUGCUAGAAGCCCAUCUGAUAGUCCUUCGCCCGUAAGGAGGAAACGGUCACCACCAGUUAGAAAAAGUCGUAGAUCACCAUCAAAUUCAGACUCCUCAGCAUCUCGUUCCGACUCUUCAUCUAGUAGCUCUCGAUCGCCAACUCCAAAGCCGAAAAAGAAGUUUGUAGACAGGAAACCCUCAUCAAGCUCCUCUGAUUCUGAUGAUUCUAGCACUCCACAAACAGCAGGUGCAAAGAAUGAGCCAAAAGUGGAAAAACCUAAACCAGUGCUGGCAGAAAAGUCUCCAUCACCCCCUCCAGCUCAUUAUAAGCAGAAGUUAGAACAAGCAGCUUCCAAAACAAGUGAAACUGUAGCUGAAAAAGAAACAAAAAGUGAUAGUGACUCGGAUAGUUCAGUUGACAAAUCCAAGGUGCCAUCUCCUAAAAAGAGCAGAUUCCCACAGAGGAUUUACAGACGGCAUUCAUCAAGCAGCUCCUCAGAUAGUGAAGACGAGAAACCUGCAAAAAGCCGUAGAGCAAGGAAAUCGAAAUCAUCAAGUCGAUCUGCUUCACCACCUAGACGAAGGAGGAGCCCUCCUAGAAGGCGAGAAGAGCCUCAUUCAAGAAGUCCUAGAAGACGUAGGACACCAAGUCCAAGAAAGCGAUCUCCUUCACCAAGACGUAGGUAUUCCCCUGUGAGGACAAGGCGUUCUCCGGUUUACAGGUACAGAUCUCCACCUAGACGUCGAAGCCCGAUAAUACAGCGUUCUAGGCGCCCCAUGGAUUCAUACUUUAGACGGAGUCCAUCACCAGAUAGAAAUCGAAGACAUUCACCUGACAGGCGCAGAAGGAGUCCUUCACCUGACAGACGCAGGAGGAGUCCUUCACCUGACAGACGCAGAAGGAGUCCUUCACCUGACAGACGCAGGAGAAGUCCUUCUCCAGACCGGCGUCGCAGAAGUCCAUCACCGCAAAGAAGACAUGACCGAGAACGUCGUCAAGAAUCACCAGAAAGAUCCAGACGUACACAAAGUCCAAAAAGACAAUCAGGGUCUGGACGAAAGAGCAGCCCACACCAACACAAGACACAAUCUCCUAUGAAAAAAACAAAUAGGAGUCCAUCACCACCGCCAAGACAAAGGCAGUCAAGCAGCAGUCCAGAGCCUACACCUGUUGAAAAGAAACGUUCCCUCUCUGUUGAAAAAGCAAAAGUAUCAGACAAAAAAAGGAAGGCUAGUGAAAAGAGAGUUGAGAAAGUACCUGAAAAGAGGCAGAAAAUGUCAUCGCCAGAUGGAGAUUCUAGUAGUCCUGAUCAGAAUGAGAAUGAUUCAGAUGUAAACGAUUCUCAGCAAACACCAAUAAAAGUAAAGAAAAACAAGGCAGGCAGUGCUUCACCAAAGGCUGCAGUAGAAAAGAAGAAAGAUAAAAAGAAGCACAAGAAACAUAAGAAGCACAAAAAACACAAGAAGCAUAAAAAAUCCAAGAAAGCUCAAGUAGCUAAUGAAUCUGAAAGUGAGGUCGAUGAUUUGGAAAAUUUGGAAUUGAAACUAAGGGAGAAAGCCUUGCAGUCGAUGAAGCGAGCGAGGCAGCAAAAUGAUGAUUCAUCAUAAUUUUAAAAUUCUUAUAACAGUGAACUUUUCAUAUAGUGUUGGAAGAAAUAGACUUCCUUGUGAAUAAUGCAUUGAUAUCAUACUGUGUACUGUACAAUACUUUUUUUUUUUCAAAAUGUUUAGCUGGUACAGCAUAUCCUAGAGCUAUGUACACACUAUCAAUGUUUUGUUUUUUGUGCCCAUAUAGUCAUCAUGAUCAUAUUUAGGUCAAAUGUAAUUUGCAGCUCGACUGGGCUUCUGGGUACAUCUUACAAAAUGUUAAAGGACGCUAAACUUGCUUAUUAGUAGUGAUGUGUUUUGUUGAAUUAAAAUUGGGAAAAAAACAUUCAA